CGCCGGUAGCAGGACCGGAGCGGGCGGUGGGGGCCGGCGGCACCGGGAGCGGCGAGCAGGCCGCCUCCGCGCCCAUGUGCCCGCAGCCCCCGCCGUCCAUGGAAGUGAUGGAGGGACCCCUCAACCUGGUUCCGUCAGUAUGGAUUUGGUAAAGGCUUUCUUGGGAAACAGGAAUUUUAAAGAAACAGGCAAGCAUUUCCUUCAGAUUCAGAAGUGUGUUGUGUUGUUUCACAGUCAAUGCGAGGCUCACCAGCAGAGCAGAAAAGCAGACCGUUUGUUAGCAGCAGGAAAAUAUGAAGAAGCAAUUUCAUGUCACAAAAAAGCUGCUGCAUACCUUACAGAUGCUAUGAAGCUGACCCAGUCAGAGCAGGCUCAGCUGUCACUGGAAUUACAAAGGGAUAGUCACAUGAAACAGUUACUGCUCAUCCAGGAGAGGUGGAAAAGGGCAAAGAGGGAGGAAAAGCUGAAAGCACAGCAGAAUGCUGACAAGGAAAUAGCUGCACACCUUCAGGCUUCUUAUAGGCCGUCUGCUGAAGACUCUGAUGAUCAAAACAUACUGGUUCCUGUUACUCAGAAAUACAGUCCUUCCACAGAGAAACAUCCACAUGAUAUUCAGGGUGUCUUUGACAGGGACCCGGAUACACUCUUGUUUCUGCUUCAGAAAAGAAAGGAGCCGGUGGAAGCAUGUAUUGGGAGCAAAGCUCCAAAAGACGACAAAACAAUAAUAGAAGAGCAGGCAACCAAAAUUGCAGAUUUGAAGCGGCACAUAGAAUUUCUUGUAGCUGAAAAUGAGAGAUUAAGGAGAGAGAAUAAGCAUUUAAAAGCAGAAAGAGCGAGACUCCAGAAAUCUCCAGUAGACAAGGAGCUGGAUGUAGAUGCUGACUUUGUUGAGAAGUCAGAGUUGUGGGGUCUGCAGCAACACUCAGAAACUACUUCUUCAGCUGCAACUUGGCAGAAGUUUGCCUCAACUGCUGGGAAGGCAAAGGACAUUCCAAUACCCAACCUUCCCCCCCUGGACAUCCCAUCCCCUGAACUCCCUCUGCUGGAACUCUCUGAAGAUAUACUGAAAGGACUGAUGAAUAGUUAAAAACCAGGAAAAGUACUCAGUGUACUUACUCAAACUUAAGAAAAGGGAAAACCACCAGGACAGUUGUGAUAUCUGAGGGCAGAAACAUCUAACACAAUCCUGCUGUUGGAGAAAAGGCAUUAAAGCAACUUUGUUACUGUGAAAUACGCAUCAUAUCUGAUCUACUUCAUAAAAGUCAAAGGUACCAUAAUCGGUAUAAGGUGGCAAGAUUUUCAGUCUUUCUCCCAUUGUUUCAAACCAAAUGACUGCCUGGAGAAUGUUUCAAGUAACAAAAUCCUUCAGGGUUUUAAAGUAUGCUAUAUGUAAUAGUUAUCUAUAAUGCCAUAAAUGAUGGUGCAGAACCUAACUGUUAUGGUUGCCAUUUGGCUGCCACAUAUUGAAAAAAUGCUUUCUAGCAUGAAUUUAAACUGUGCAUUUCAUUAUGCAUAACUUUGCUAAUUCAAGUACCGUGCAAUUUAUACACCUCCUAGAUGGAUUUAUGUGCCACACGCUAUACUCCUGACCAUGUUAACCUGAAGUCAGGAGAGAUGUUAAUUUCCAUUCUAUGAAGGAACCAACUAAUUAGUUCUGUUGACGAGGUUUUUUUGGGGUUAUCUGUUUACAUAACUAAUCAGGGUGCAUUGAAUCUAGGUAUUGGUUUCUGUAUAAAGUGACAUUGUUUAAAAAAAGAAAAAAACAUACUUAAGGAAAAAUACCCUUUUUGUUUUCAGCGAUGCAUGAAUGGAAGUAAUUCUAGCUGGCAGUAUUUGAUUGAAAAAGAAAUUGUUUACAGCUUAACCUGAUUCAAAAAGGAUAUGAAAAUAAAAACCAAGGUGUUUUGACACUAAA